CCAAAUAUAGCGCCACACAGUGAGCAGCCAGAGGCCCGGACAGAUGGGACUGCAGGCCACUUUACAGGCACCACUCAAGUGGACCUAAACCGGCUAAGAGUACUCUAACUCAUUGCCCGACCAAAAUUAAAAAAAAAAGGAAAGUGCUGGGUGCUGCUCUUCUGGAAAGCGGUGCUUCCUUUUUGCUCGUCUUACUCAAACUACGUUGGAAAAGCUGGAACCGUUACACAGAAAAGACAUUCUGUGGAAAAACCUUUGAAGAAUGCAGGACGGGAGCUGUAAUGAGCCCCUGCCCCACUCUCUGCUGCUGAAGGACUCCGCUGCUCUGGAGGGUCAUGGGGCCAUGUACUCAGACACCGAUCUCUUCCCGGACUCCCUGGCGGAGCUGGAGGGAGGAGACUGCGACUUCCCAGAGCUCUCGGCCUUCCUCAGCGAGGACGAGAUGAGCCUGAGCCUGGACCUGGCCCGGGAGGCCAUGAGCGACGCCAGCGACCCAAAUGACCCCGACCCCCCCGCCCCAUGCCCCAUCGAUCCCGUGCUCCAAGCUCUCCCCUCGGUUUUCGUCCCCCCACCACAGCCGACUCCCCCUCAGCCGCCCCUGUACCACGAGACCAGAGGGCCCUUCCUGCACGAGGCCCCGAUCUCCCACACCCUCAUCCAGACCCCCGAAUUCAUCACCACUACGUCCAGAAGCCCACAUGGGACUCCGCUGCUCAGGCAGUCCGCUCCCUACAACCCCCCACUCCCUUCCACCAACGCGGUAGGAGCUCCCCCAGCCUCUCCGGAGAAGUUUGUCUGCCACAAGGCCAUCACGCCGGUGUACAAGCAGGAGCGCCCGCGGCUGGUCCACGGCGGCCUGGAGCUGAAUGAGCGUGCCGCCUCGGCCACUGAGUUCUGCAGCCGUGCUGCCACCUUCAUCGAGGAGCUCUCGUCCAUCUUCAAGGGCCCCAUGCGCCCGGGGGAGCAGCGGCGUGCUGGUGGCGGAAUUGGGAGCGGUGGUGGCGGCGGCGGCAGCGUCGGCGUCAGUGGAGGUGGCGAAGAGGAUUCCUCUUCGCCCGACAGCGGCUACCUGUCCCCCCAAAGCCACCGCCAGCCGGUGACGGCAGCGCCUCCCUCGUCAGCAUCCUCCACCACCUCCUCGGCCUCCUCUUCCUCACUCGCCCAGCAGGGGGCGCACCACAGGAGCCAGGUGAGCCUGGCACCGGAGGCAUUGGCGGCCAGCAGCGGCGGUGGUGGUGGGGGGGUGCCCGAGGCACAGCAGCAACAGCAGCAGGCCAGGGGUGGCGUGUUGGCCAGCGACGGCCUCAUUUCGCCUCCUCAUUUCACCCAGAAGCUGAAGAGCCAGGAGGUGGCCGAGGGAAGCCCCAUCCGCCUGGAGUGCAGAGUGUCGGGGAACCCCCAACCACUGGUCAGGUGGUUCUGUGAGGGGCGGGAGCUGCACCACUGUCCUGACAUCCAGAUCUGGCGCGAUGGUGACCUGCACACGCUGGUAAUCGCUGAGGCCUUCGAGGACGACACAGGACGCUACACCUGCGUGGCCUCCAACGCGCUCGGAGCAGACAACACCUCCGCAGAGGUCUACAUUGAGGGAGCAUCAUCCUCAGACUCUGAGGGGGAGGGCUCUGUGUCCAAGUCCAAGCAGGGAGCCAUGCCGCAGGUUCAGAAGAAGACAACCUCUGUUUCCCUGACGAUUCGUUCUCCAUCGCCCAAGAGUCCAGAGGUUACGCCUCACCGCUCCACACUAGUCCAGCCGCUGUCCAUUGCACCACAACGAGUUCAGAGCCCUGUCUCCUCUGUAUAUGGAGCUGAUGGGCUUCUUGCAGCCCCUCCUGUUUUCACAAAGGUGCUGCAGGAUGCCCAGGCGUCCGAGGGGCAGGUGGUGGUGUUGGAGUGCCGGGUGCGAGGCAGCCCCCCCCUGAAGGUGCAGUGGUACAGACUGGGAGAGGAGAUCCAGGACUCACCUGACUUCCGCAUCCUGCAGAAAAAGCCCCGCUCGGCUGCCGAGCCCGAGGAGAUCUGCACACUGGUGAUCGCAGAGGCCUUCCCCGAGGAUGGAGGCCUGUUCUGCUGUACCGCCAGCAACCAGUACGGCUCGGUGAACAGCACAGCCAAUCUCACCAUCACACCAGUGGUGGAGUUGCCUAGUAAUGGGGUGUCCGGUGGCGACGACAGCGCGUUCGAGGACAGCCAGCCGUUCCCGCCGCCACCACCGCCGCCGCCCACAGAGAUCAGCCUGCUGGAGGUGCCGCCCAAGACGCCGCCCAGCGCCGAGGGUUUCCACGUCAACGAGCUGGAGAUCUGGCCGAGGGUGAGCGCACCACCGCCACCACCACCACCUCUCCAGGUCCCCGCGGAGGCUGAUCACCACGCCGUCAGGGCCAACGGAACCUUCCAGAAUGGCCAGAGCUCCACGCUGCCUCCCAAGGAGAACGCUGCGUCUGUGAAAGAGAGCCCGCUGCCACCGCAGCCUGUCAAAGCCCCCACUCUCCCAUCAACCCCCUCUCCAGCCAAGGAGGGCCCGCCUCUCCCCAUUAAGCCCAAGCCCAAACUAUCGGAUGAUAUAUCAGAAGACACAGCAAAAGAAAGAAACGCAGAGCAGCUGAAGCAGCUUCGUGACCAGAUCUUAUUGGAGCAGCAGGAAGCAGCCAUUUGGCAGCAGCAGGUGGAACAGGAAGUCCCACCUCCGCCUCUGGAGCCGCAGCAGCAACAGGAAGGCCCGCCUCCGUCUCCACCUCUUCCUCCUCCUCCCUCCUUCCAGGAGCUGGAGGUCAGCGCCAUGCAGACCAGCACGUUCAACUACGCCCGGCCCAAGCAGUUCAUCGCCGCCCAGAGCCCUGGGGGCAGUAGCAGCGGUGGUGGUGGGGGCGGCGGGGGUCCGAUGGGGGGCUACGCCACGCAGUCCUCCAACUCCUCAGGCUCCAGCCUGCCUUCGCCACUCUCGCCGCCCAGCUCCCACAAGCCCUUCGGCCGCAUCCCGCUGCCCCCCUAUCAGCCGCCGGCGCCAGGCCUGGCCAAAGCGGGCAGUGCGGAGUCUCCCAGCUCUCCCUCCUUCCCCCCGCCACCUCCGCCCUUCCUGAGCAGCGCCGGCAGCAGCAGCGUGACGUCGCCCGCGUCAGACUUCCCCCCGCCACCGCCGCCACCUCCUCCGCCCGUCUCCGCCAGCCCCACGCUCUCUGACCGGUCCUCCCCCUUCACCUCCACCCCCAACUCACCCGCCAACUUCCUGGUGUCCGUCCUGCCCGCCACGCCCACCAGCCCGUCAGUCAACUCCAUGGGCCUGCCCAAAGGCAACGGUGUCAUUGGAUUCUCACGCAAGCCAAGCAGAACUAGUACGCGCAUUGCCACCGACUCCGAGAUCCAGGGCUCCAAAGAUAGCCUCAUCCAGGAUCUGGAGAGGAAACUGCGCUUCAAAGAGGAGCGCAUGAACGGCCAGAGGUUAACCUAUGAGGAGAAGAUGGCUCGCAGGCUGCUGGGAGCAGACAACGCUGCCACUGUUUUAAAUGUUCAGGAGCAGGAGGAUGAGCCAGCCACACAGGAGAGCAGCUCCAGUGAGCCAGAGUCUGUCCCUCAAAAGGAGUACAAGGUGUCCAGCUUCGAGCAGCGCCUGAUCAGCGAGAUCGAGUUCCGCCUGGAGCGCUCGCCCGUGGAGGAGUCGGACGACGACGUCCAGCAUGACGAAGACGCGCCUGGCGAGUGCGUGGCCCCCUUCUUCGACUCAAAGCUUAAGCACUACAAAGUGUUUGAAGGCAUGCCCGUCACCUUCUCCUGCAAGGUUAUCGGCGACCCCAAGCCAAAGAUCUACUGGUUUAAGGACGGGAAACAGAUCUCAAAGCGGAGUGAGCAUUAUCGCAUCAGUCGUGAUGCCGACGGUACCUGCAACCUACACACAGCCUCUGCCUCACUAGACGACGAUGGCAACUACACCAUCAUGGCUGGCAACCCUGCAGGGAGGAUCAGCUGCACAGGAAGGAUGAUGGUGCAGGCGGUGAACCAGAGAGGCAGGAGUCAGCGUUCCACACCCGGACACAUUCGCAGACCCAGGUCCAGGUCCAGAGACAGUGGGGAUGAGAAUGAGAACAUCCAAGAGCGCCACUUCCGCCCACACUUCCUGCAGGCUCCCGGUGACCUAAUCGUGCAGGAGGGAAGACUGUGCCGCAUGGACUGCAAGGUCAGUGGACUGCCCACGCCCGACCUCAUCUGGCAGCUGAAUGGCCAGACCAUCCGCCCAGACUCCGCCCACAAGAUGCUGGUGAGGGAGAAUGGUGUUCACUCAUUGGUCAUCGAGCCUGUCACUAGCCGAGAUGCUGGCAUCUACACUUGCAUCGCCAGCAACCGUGCUGGGCAGAACUCCUUUAACCUGGAGCUUAUUGUUGCAGCCAAAGAGAUGCACAAGGCCCCCACCUUCAUUGAGAAGCUGCAGAACACGGGUGUGGCCGAGGGUUACCCAGUGCGCCUGGAAUGUCGUGUGUCCGGGGUGCCCUUCCCACAGAUCUUUUGGAAGAGGGAGAAUGAAUCGCUUACCCACAACACAGACAGAAUAAGCAUGCACCAGGACAACUUUGGCUACCUGUGUAUGAUCAUUCAGCCAGCCUUGAAGGAGGAUGCCGGCUGGUACACAGUCUCAGCCAAGAAUGAAGCAGGCAUCGUCUCCAGCACAGCACGACUUGAUAUCCACUCCCAGUGGCAGCAGACCCAAACCCCAAAACUCAAGAAGGUGCGUCCAUCCACCAGUCGCUACGCAGCGCUCACAGAGAGAGGGCUGGACGUAAAGGCCGCCUUCUUCCCCGACUCCAGCCCUCUGCCGCCAGGCGGCCUGGUGGAGAGCGAAGACCUGUAGGGUGGGGCGGCGGAAGCGUUUGCUUACCAGACCAUGUGACCUUUUGACCUUUUUACUGCAGCACCACCGUCCACAACUCUCUUCCCCCCCUUCACCUACACCCCCCCUCCACACACACACACACACACACACACAGACACACAACCAUAAAAAAAUCACCCCAAUGAAAAAAAAAACUAUUCAUUCUCCAAAGAUGUUUAAGGGUGAAUGACUGAUCUGAAAUGCUGAUUCUCAGUCCAAAGGAUGGGUAAGCGAAAGUCGUUGAAGAAGCUGUGGAUGGAAAAUGGCCGACAAGCACUGCCAGGCAAUGAGGUUCCUUUCAGUCAUAGUGGCAGUGCUUUAUGACAUAUGACAUCUGUAGCUCUGUCCCAGCAGUGCCUUAAUUGCCAAUCUUUUAUUAUUGUUUGAUAUUAGGCCUGGUGACUUUUUGUUUCUUCCGGGGGGAAGAGGUGCCGUGAGUGCAAAAGUGAGGUCAUAUCCUGCCUCUGCAAUGACUGUUUUUGAUUGGUCUAGGCCAAGGAAUGCUGAAAGAUGGCACUCAUACAUACACACACAUACACUGCCAAUAAUAAACUCACACACACCCUUACACACUUUAUCUGUUCAGAUAAUGGUCUGAAACUCAAAAAAGCAAGAUUGGGUCUUAGCACAAGUGCCUGAGAGACUUUGUAUACUCUUACUGCAGGAAGAUGGGAUCCAGUCAAAAAACAUAUUUCAUUUGGAAUAUCAAAGUAGCAUCUAGUUCUGCAUGUUACCAUGGUGCCAUUUUAAAUACUCUGUAUGUAUUUACUCAAUGUCGUAGUUUUGAUGUAUUUAUGAAGAGGUGGUGGUGGCAAGUUGGGUUUGGGGCUGGAUAGUUCGGGAGAGCAGUCCCUCCUGGAAAACAAAGGUGAAAAUUGUGGAUGAUUUAGAGGGAAUUUGGUAAAGAGACAAAGGCAAACAGGAAUAGCCACGGGAACAUCCACAGGUAGAAGAUGCGAGGGGCAAUGUCCAGGAGCGGUCUCCAGACAAAAUGGGAGGAGAGACCCAUUACACACAAGCUUUUUUCAUAUACCUGCCACAGCAUAGCCUGGGGUGUGGUAGCAGCACAUUACAAUUGGUCACUGUAGCCUGAGUAUAGAUUAGCGUUAGGGGUUAGCAUACCACCAUGGGUAUCAAAAGCAUUGUUUGGUUAUGUACUUAGCACGGUAACAUAGAUGUUGCACAAGGCCGGGCCUUACCUAGUUUAUUUUCUCUUCCUUUUACUUUUUUUCUGGGUCGGAAGACCUUGAAUCAAAUAAAACUGACAUGUAAUUUUAAUCAUAUGUCACAGAUCUAAAGGAAUGUUGGAUGACGGUGCUAACAUUUAAAGGCACUGUGUAACUAUGGAAACUGGAGUGAUUGACAGACAGUGGAAGUUGUUGGUGUAUAGCAGUGCUGAGAGUUAGAAAACUGGUUUGGAAUAGGUUGAAUUGAGUCUGAAAAUUAAACCUGGAUCCUCUGCUUACACAGGAUAGGGUGAAUGGUGAAUGAAAAGACACGAAUGUAGUUUAGCCACUUCAAUGACACUUAGUGAAGGCAAAGAGAGAAAUGGUGCUGAUUGCUUUGAUGAUGAAGAUGAUUAUGAUGAUGAUGAUGGGGAUCCCGAUGAAGACAAUGGCAAUGGUGGGGUUGGGGUACCAGUGAGACAGAGGGGAUCAGAUGAACUGAAAAUGAGUAUGGGAAUGAUGAUGGAACGAAUCAUGUGGUAAUGAAGAAUAGUUCACUUUUUCCAAAUCUUAUACAUAUACUCAAAACAUGACCGUGGCAGACAUGUAUUCAUGCUCAACAAAUAAUAAAAAUUAUUUUUGUAUGAGUUAAAAAAUAUAUAUAUAUGUGAUUAUGCGCAGUUGCUACCUUCUCCUACCUUUGUAGAUACACUUUGUAGAGACAUGACAAUAAUCCUUUUCAAACUGGUAAAAACAUGCCUGGUCUAUAUUUAAAUCUAUAUUAAAUCUAAUACAAACUAUGUACUGCAUACCAGGUCACUGAGGCCUAUGUCUAUUAUUUAUAUAUCAGUGCAUAUUCAAUUCUGGGGUACUCUUUUUAGAAUUCACUGAAUUUUAUAAGAGUCAUUUUAUAGAGGCAGUUAGGAUAGCAGAUGAGCUGAUAAGACUCACAACUUUCAAGUCUAAAUCUCUGUAUCGAGCAUUUAAGCAUUAAACAUUUGAUUAUGGUGAUACUUUCACAUUAUAUUUGAAAAGAUAUUUUGUGCCUUGUUUCUCACACACAGCACAUCUUGCAUUUGCUGUGGGUCACUAUGCACCAGCCUUGGGUACUCUUACUCUUGACAUACUUUUCUCCAUGUUUUUUUUUUUUCCAAGCCAGUCUGUGCCUGUAUAUGGAUUGUUCUCCUGAUACUAUUUUUGUGUAUGAAUGAUAACAUAAAUAAAAGUCUCUGGAAGAA